AUGACGUCAAAUAUUGCUGAGUCAAUCAAUGCCGCACUUGUGUCAGCAAGGGAAUUGCCAAUAUACGACUUCCUCGAAGAAGUUAGGAAGAUGUUUGGACGUUGUAAUUGCAGCAAUCGAAAAGAAGCUUCAGAGACAUACACAACGCUUGAAAAAAAAUAUCAGGAUAUGCUUACCUUAAAUGAGGCAAUAUCUACACACAUGACUGUGGUACCAUCGACUGAAUACUUGCAUACGAUGAACGAUGAAGGAAGGCAUUACACCGUGUGCCUCUUAGAGAGAAAAUGUAGUUGUAGGCGGUUCCAAGUUGAUGAAUUACCAUGCCAACACGCUUGGGCUGUCUUGAAGAGAAAGUUUCUAAUGCCAGAAGAUUAUUGCUCUGACUAUUACAAACCAAAGUCUAUUGUAAUGACAUAUGAGGUGCCCGUGUAUCCACUGCCAGACCGAAAUGUAUGGAAUAUACCAGCACAUAUAUCAGAGGAAGUUAUCUUACCACCUGAUGUGUGGCUAUAA